AUGGAUCCCAACCUCCCUUCUUCCUUCUCAAAUCCCAACUCCCACCACGGUCAAGGCUACUUCUACGAUCCCAACAACACCUUUCGUCAGGGCCAACACCCUCCACAGCCUCAAGGGCAUCCUCAGGCACAGCCUUAUUAUCAGCCGUUCAAUCCCCAACCUCUCCCGCAGAACUACUCUCAGUACUAUCAACAACAGGGGUACAAUCAGGCCUAUCCCUAUCAGUCUCAAGUACAGCAGUUUCAACCCUCAUACUAUCAACAGCCUGUUGAGCUGCAGCCACAGCAAUUCGCUCAAUCUGAGCCCAACACCAUUGGAGCCUCAGUUCUCCGACACGCCGUUCAGCCUCACACCGUUCAGCGACGACAAGCCGAUCCAAGACACUACGAUGGUGACUACAUCAGAGUCGUGAUUCCUAGCCGCCCCGAUCAUUCCUCCCCUCCACAGACAUUCCACGGCAAACAGACUCCGAGAGCCGGCCAUCAAUUCAAAUCUCAAGCCCAGAGGCCGCAAUCUGCCCACCAGAAUUUUCCCAAUCAUCCCCAGCAGCUUCAACAUGCACCACAGCUGCCUAAGCAGCAUCUGACACAACGCUCCGAGUCCUCUGUGGUCUCUGACCUACCGACGGCCCCCACUACUCCCGCCUCCUCCUCCCCCUCCUCGUCGAAGAAAAAGGAGAGGCAGAUGACAUCCGCAGGUGGCUCAAAUACGCCCAAUAUGCCCCUCGAGGGCCAGUCUCGUGUCUUGCAAAGCGUUGAGGUCAAUGCAAAGCCAAAGCAACCGGCCACUAAAGCACGGGAUCACCGCGACCCUACAGUUCCACUCCACGAGCCCGAACCAGAUUAUCCUUCCCUCUUGUGCGUCCUUGCCGACGAUUACCUCGAAGCGGCGCGUAAGCUGCCCGCUUUGACGGAAGAAUAUUACUCUCUCAUCUCGACCGCACUUGGCUGUCUCGAAUCAGUCCUUGCCAAUUUCAAGCUGCCUCCUUUGAGAGAAGCCCAGGUCUCUCUACGCUAUGCCCAAAUUCUGUAUGCCGAGACCGAAAACCAUGAUGAAGCCGAGACGAUCUUGACAAAGGCCAUAGAGUUGUGCGGACGACACAAGUUUAUCGAUCUCAAGUACGAGAUGCAGCUCCUCUUGUCCAGGGUACUCUACGAAUCGAAGCCCAAAGCUGCUCUCAGAGAUAUCCAGAAAUUGAUUGAGGACAUCGAAGCUUAUCGCCAUACGGCGUGGCUUUAUAUCUUUCGCUUCCAGCAUGCCAUGUUUUCGCUCGCCUCCAGCGCCCCGGGUGACAUCCACGGCGCGGUGGUGCAAUUGGAGAAGAUCGAGCACUUGGCUCGUCAAAAUUCCGACAGUGCAAUACUCGCAUUUGCCGCUACGCUUGAAGCUCUGCUCCAUUUGUCUAGCCCGAGCCAGGAUGCCGUGACAACGAGUCAGACCGCGCUGGCGAAGGCUCGAGCUCUGCAGUUGAGUCCAGAUGUGGCUGGGAACCCGCAGCUGACCGUCCUCAUGGAAUUUAUCGACCUUGCCUGCAGCGUCCGAGAAGCCGACAUUGCCCAAAGCGAGAUCAAGCGCAAGAUCAUGCAAGACGCUCUGGUGGAGGCCGUGAGCCAUCCAAAUUGGAGAGGAGACGGCUUGAUUUAUAUUCCAGUCUCCAGGAAGGCCGUCGCUGGCAUGCAACUGCAUGGGAAUGGGUAUGUCAUUGAAAAAAAUGGAAAGUACCACAUCCCUUUUUCAUGGCUGGGGACAGAUGAAACAGAAGCCUUGGGUUUCCUGUUCUCAGCAGAAAGUUCUGCUUACAAGAAUGGGGCUGACGGGGCCAAAGCUGAGAGGUUUUUGGACAGUGGGCUUUCGGUUCUUCGAGCCCUGGGGAUGCCCUCCCUCAAAGCAGGGUACCGAGAGUACCAAAGACAGAUCACCUCCCAAAAGAUUACGGAAGCGGGAUUCUUGUUGCUUCUCGUUUUCCUGCAAUGCUCGAAAGGGCUUUGGCCGGCAGCCAACGAUACAUUAGACAAAGCUCAUGCAAUUUCGCAGGACUUGGGUGACGCUCUUCCGGUCAAUAUGAAAUAUUGCCUUUUAUAUCUCCGGGGAGCCGUGCUGCAAGGAACGGGAGAUCUGACAGCCGCCCUUCAGGUCUAUCAAUCGCCCCUUUUCGACCUCAAUACACCGCAGACUUCACCAUCAGCUGGCUCCGGGACCUCGAACCGGAUUGCGAAUUCUCACCACGCAGACUCCGACGUAACCCGGAACUUUUCCAUCCUUGCAGCCAUGAACUCCGCCUUGAUCAUCUACAAUCCAGCCCAUCCGCAACACAAGCGCUUGUCUUCUCUCAUCAAGACCUUGAUUCCAGCCGUUCAAAACUGUGGAAACCGAUACAUCAGAGCGCAUUUCAUGCUGCUCGAGUCUAUUCUGUCCACAAACACACUCGCAGAGAAGCAGCUUCUGAGACAAGCGAUGGACGAAGGCAAGGCAAUUGGCAGCGCACAAACUACGGCUUUGGCACUCAUUUACAUGCACGACCAGCUGUACAAGGGCACGCUCGAGAAGCCCGCCUUGAAAUGCGCCAAAGCGGCCGGUCAUCAAGCUCGGAGAUGGGGACAGCCAAUGUGGAUGCAUGUAGCGGCGGCUCUGGAGGCGCAGACGCUGGAGAUUUUCAGCUUCCCCGACGAAGCACGAAAGAGGCAGGAUGAAGCAGAUGCGAGCUGGGAGAGGUUGCCGAAAGGUGUCAAGGAUGUUGGGGAUGUUGAGGAUGUUGAGGUAGUCGUGAUCGACGACUAG